AUGGCCGAGUACUUCCAUGAGACCUGCCGGCUGACUUUCGUGGAUGGCACCGGCGCUGUCGUGAUUAUCGACAGUGCUCAAUUCUGCAACAUGGUGCAGACCCGAUAUACAACCCCAAUGCACAAGGACUACGCCCACCUUCGGGACGACCCUCGCGUUGGCAGCCGUGAUGCCCUCUUGUCCAUAGAUUUCGGUAGCCUCUCGGCACCCAUCGCCAUGGUUGUUCUUACCGUAGCACACCCGCCAUGCUUGUGGACCGAUCUCUUGACCGUCGCGAAGCUUCAGGGCAAGUGGUGGAUUGUGCACAAAUCCUCCGUGAAGGAUCCCUUCCUCGAGGAGGAGAAGAAGUGA